AUGGAGGCUUGUUGUCUUCUGCAGUUGCCCCAAAGGUUGCUCUUGCUGGGGGCAGCCGCCCUGACUGCAACUGCUUUGGAGACAGCCGACCUGGCGGAACUGUGCGGGCAGACGUGGCAGGGGGACGGGCUGCUGCUGCGCUCGCACGCCGCAUCGCGCAGGUUCUACUUCGUGGCUCCGGACACCGACUGCGGGCUCUGGGUGCAGGCGGCGGCCCCCGGCGACCGGAUCCGCUUCCAGUUCCGCUUCUUCCUGGUCUACAGCCUGACCCCCGCGCCCCCGGCGCUCAACACCUCCUCCCCGGCCCCGGCCGACCCGUGCGCCCCCGGCUCCUACCUGCAGUUCUACGAGGGCCCGCCGGGGGCGCCCCGGCCCCUGGGGCCCCGGCCCCUGGGGUCCCCCCUGUGCGGCCUGACCAUCCCGGUGCCUGUGGCAUCCUCCGGACCCUUUCUAGGCCUGCGCCUGGUCACGAGAGGCCGCAAGCCCCGCGUGGACUUCGUGGGCGAAGUCACCUCUUUCCGUCUGGGACCUUGUGGUGCCUACUUCCGCUGCCAGAAUGGCAGGUGCAUCCCCUCAAGCCUCGUGUGUGACCCCUGGGGCAUGGACAACCGUGGCGAUGGCAGUGACCAGGGCUCCUGGUCACCAGCUGACUGCAGAGGUCCCUCUCCGGUGCCCAGCCAGACAGGAAGUACAGAUGCCCAUACCUCCAGACCCCCGACUCCCUCCCCAGCUCUCGGGUCUGCAGGAUCCCUCCGGAUUGCAGCUGAGAGGAGUUCCCCAGCAGGCAGGGACCCCACAAGACAAGAUGCAGCUUUGGAAGGUUACACCUUGCUCCUACUCUUCCCACCAAAAUCACACCUGUCCCUCUCUAGGUGA